GAGGCAGCCCUAGCCACAGAGAGACAGAGAGCUCGGGGGAAGCAGGACUCCGCCAUCUUCACACAGAGCAAGAGUGAAAAGGGGAGAAAAAGCGUGUAGGGUCUUGAUUUAUUGGAAAAGGAGGUGGUAGUCUAUGUGCCCGCUCUCCACAGAGCCGUACAAGGGGCGAGAGCACUCCGAGUUGAGGACACUGAGAAAGUAGCCUACCUGGCAUCGCAUGCCCGUGCACUCUUGAGAAGUGCCAAUCACUUCUCUACCUAAGUACCGUGGACAGAAUUGGAUUCAUAUUUUGUACGAUUUUCUGACCAAUUUUUGAUUGUUUUUUCCCCUUUUGAAGAAACGAAGUAAUUGUGGUCCAGAAGCUGAGCCGCUGACUGGACGCAGAGACAGCCUACCCACGCGCGCACUGACCAUCGCAUUCUGAUUCUUCUUUCUCAGAAGGUGGAGGGGACACUCGCCUGGGUUUGAUCCUACCUGUCACUCACAGCAAAGCGUGAAACAUCAAGGAUAUUUUUUCCCACCUUCUGUUUUUCAUUCCCUUUUGGGGGGACUCGGACAGAUCUCUCUCUUCUUACACCUUUGCCAAAUGGUGUGAGUUGUGUAGAGACGCAGUGCAAAAGCGAAAGGUGUAGCCGGGUUAUCCGUGGUCUCAACACACUGCAAAGGCGCUCUCACAGUGUGGACCGAAGAGGAGAAGCGCAAAAGACACUUAGACAUCUCCGACCCACGGACCCCUAGCCCUCCAGCACGACGCUUGUUCAACCCACCACGGCCGGCGGUGCGAGCGCAGGAGCAACGUCUCUUUUGUGGAGGUCCCGGGACAAGUUUAGGGACGCAAUAGGAGGGAAUCGAGCCGAUUCUUUACAGUGCAGGUCUCCGGGCGAUGCCACUGUAAAUGCCAGGGCAAUGUCCCGUCGUAAGCAGGGGAACCCGCAGCACGUGUCACAGAGAGAAUUAAUAGCACCAGAGACUGACCAUGUGGACGGUGGCGCCAUCCUCUCCGAGGCCCUCCCUCUCUCCCACGCCCUCUCCCUUCCACAGGCCCAAGCCCUGGCGCUGGGCCUGCCCCACCCCCUGGACCCCAGCCUGGUGGACGGCCUGCCGGCCGAGCUACGCGGCGACCACGACCUCCUGACCUGCGGACAGUGCCAGACCAACUUCCCGCUGGGCGACAUCCUGCUCUUCAUCGAACACAAGAAGAAGCAGUGCCACGGCCUGGCGCCCGCCGGCUGCUACGACAAGAUGACCGACCUCAGAGGGGGAGGGGGCGGUGGAGGGAACGGCGUCCUGUCCUCGCAGCCCAACCACCGCCAGACGCAUCACCUGAGCCAGAAUCACCAUCAUCAUCCCCACCACCAACGCAACGGCAUCGGCGAGCUUCGCAAAGUGGUCGAACCGGUGGAAAUCGGAAUCCAAGUGACACCGGAGGAGGACGAGGAGGGACGAGAGAGAGGAGGGAGGAGGACGCCCAGCAAAGGAAUUUGCCCGAAGCAAGAGAACGUUCCAGCAGGAAGGGACGAGCCAUCGAGCUACAUCUGCACCACGUGUAAGCAGCCCUUCCCCAGCGCCUGGUUCCUCCUCCAGCAUGCCCAGAACACCCACGGUAUCCGCAUCUACCUGGAGUCCAACCCCUCGAGCGCCUCCCUUACCCCACGCAUCACCAUCCCGCCCCCCAUGGGUCCAGAAUCCAUCCCCCAGUCCCCCCUCACCAACUUUCUGGGUGACAACAACCCCUUCCACCUGCUGAGGAUGACUGGGCCCCUGCUCCGGGAACCCCCACCAGGCUUCGUGGAGAACCGCCUCCCCAACACCCCCCCCUUUGUCAGCCCGCCACCCCGCCACCACCUGGACCCACACCGUCUGGAACGCCUUAGCGCAGAGGAAAUGGGUCUCAUCUCCCAGCACCCCAGUGCCUUUGAGCGGGUAAUGCGCCUGACACCCAUGGCCAUAGAGUCCCAGUCCAUGGACUUCUCCAGGCGGCUUCGCGAACUUGCGGGCAACAAUGCCACUCCGCCCCUCUCCCCCAGCAGGGCCAACCCUAUGCACCGCCUGCUCAAUCCCAACCCCUUCCAGCCCAGCCCCAAGUCGCCCUUUCUUAGCACCCCUCCCCUACCGCCCAUGCCACCCAGCAGCACCACCCCGCCCCAGACGAACAAAUCCAAGUCCUGCGAGUUCUGCGGCAAGACCUUCAAGUUCCAGAGCAACCUCGUGGUGCACCGGCGCAGCCACACCGGCGAGAAGCCCUACAAGUGUCAGCUGUGCGACCACGCUUGUUCACAGGCCAGCAAGCUGAAGCGCCACAUGAAGACCCACAUGCACAAGGCAGGUUCCAUGACCGGGCGCUCUGACGAUGGCCUGUCUGCCACAAGUUCCCCAGAACCGGGAACCAGCGAUGUAACGGGUGAAGGCAUGAAGAACCGUGACGGGGACUUCCGGGGCGAGGGCAACGAGGAAGAGGAAGAAGAGGAGGAGGAAGAGGAGCUGGAGAACGAAAGCCGACCGGAGUCAAACUUCAGCAUGGAGUCGGAGUUCUACCGGAACCGUGAGAACGGCUCCAAGCCUUCCUCAGACGAGAAAUCUUCACUCUCCUUGGGAAAGAUGGUGGAAAGUGUGGGCCUUAGCACUAUACAGCAGUACAAUAACAUGAUAGUCGACAAUCGUAAAAGAAUGCCCUUCACCAAGAGGGGCUUAGACGGUCAGCGGGACACCGGAGACGAGGACUCAGUUGUGGGGGAGAUGGACCACCACAGGGUGGAGAGGACCACUGUCAAUGGCAGAAACUGUGGGUCCAGUGACUCUUUCUCAGGGCUGUUCCCUCGCAAGCCCACCCCCAUCACCAGCCCCAGCCUGUCCAACUCCUCCAACAAGAGGAUCAAGAUCGAGAAGGACUUGGACAUGCCCGCGGCACCCCUCAUCCCAUCCGAGAACGUUUACUCCCAGUGGCUGGUGGGAUACGCCGCGUCCCGGCACUUCAUCAAAGACCCCUUCCUGGGCUUCACCGAUUCCAGACAAUCGCCCUUCGCCACCUCCUCCGAGCACUCCUCCGAGAACGGCAGCCUGCGCUUCUCCACACCCCCCGGAGACCUUCUGGACGGAGGGCUGUCGGGGCGCAGCGGGACUGCCAGCGGGGGCAGUACCCCUCACCUGGGCGGCGCAGGCCUCGGUCGGCCCGGCUCCAAGGAGAGUCGGCGGAGCGACACGUGCGAGUACUGCGGCAAGGUGUUCAAGAACUGCAGCAAUCUGACGGUGCACCGGCGCAGCCACACGGGGGAGCGGCCCUACAAGUGCGAGCUGUGCAACUACGCCUGCGCCCAGAGCUCCAAGCUCACGCGCCACAUGAAGACACACGGCCAGCUGGGUAAGGAAGUAUACCGCUGUGACAUUUGCCAAAUGCCCUUCAGCGUGUACAGCACUCUCGAGAAACACAUGAAAAAGUGGCACGGGGAACAUUUGAUGACCAACGAGGUCAAAAUUGAACAAGCAGAGAGAAGCUAAGCCAGAUUUCCUAUUUUGAAGCUCUUCGCCACAACUUGAAUAAAAAAUAAAUAAAAAAAAGUACAAAGGGGGUAGCUGGAUACUCUUUCAUAAAUAUUGAUUUUGGGUUAAUCUUAUGUUUUUGCCUAAGAAACUGCCAACUGAGAAAACAGACAGACAAACACACAGCACCAUUUGAAGCCGGUCUAAGCUGCCUCAUUUGGCGUUCCUUUUUAAACAACAGAUCAGACAACAAAUUAAGUCAUAACAUGUGGAGCCUUUAACUGUGCAAUAAUUUCUGUAUUUAUUGGAUUUUGUAUUGUGGCAUGUGCAGGUACAUUUUUAUUUUGUCAUUUUAAAAUUUGUUUUACUUUUUGAUUUAAAUUGCUGGGAGUUUUGUUUAACUUUUAAAAAUACCCAGAUAAUAUCCUGAGAUUUUUUAGCAGACAGAAAUCCAUUGAAUAAUCUAUAGGUUGCUGCUUAUAGGACAUGUACAUUAAAGCUACACAUGUAAUUUCUUGAAGAGAAGCCGAAUUUAAUCUUCAAAUCUUAAAAAAAGCAAAACUGAGAAAACUAUUUUUUGUUUCUUUUACAUGAUAGGAUAUGCGCGGACAACAAUCCUUUGACAUUGUAGGAUGAACUGAUUUCUAAACAUGUCAAUUUAAUUGGAUAUGUAGCACUGAGUGUCAUUUAUGACAGUAAAUCUAAAUCAAAGUAGAUUGUGAGGUUCAUAAACCAUGCCUCCUGUAGAGGACAUCCCUUCCAAUAAGAAGAAACUGAUUAUGGUGAAGGCAGCUGAUUACUGGUACCUAGUACUUACCCCCUGACAACUCUAGAGCACCAAGACCUUACUCAUAUAUUCUUGGAGAAGUCCCACUUUGUACUUUCAAACUGUUUACAUCAAAACACCUCACCUAAACCCACCUAUCCCCAAUCUAACUAGACCGUUUGCACUUAGUGCAGAUAGUGGUCAUGGUCUGUAUAUAUAUUGAUUUCAUAGCUAUAGGACAAGUUUAAUUGUUUUUAAGGAUGGUCUGUUUUAGCCUCCCCUACUAUAGCGCCAGGCAGUGUAGCAUCUAGCUGGAUCACAGGGACAUUUCAGGGUGAGCUGUAGGACCUGCCUUUUUUGUUUUCUCUUUCAUCCCUUCAUUAUCAUUCCUUGGAUGAGCUUAAAAUGUUUGUUUUUGCCCAUGCCCAAAUUAACCCUCCCCUGCCCUGCUCAAUUCUCUGCCAGUCAAUAUUUAGAUCCAAAAAUAGUUUGUUACAUUCUAUUACCUAGUAGUACAAUUAAAAUCUUAUUCAAAACAACCUAGACACAUUUUAAAUGAUGUAACGCACAUGUUAUAGUUACGGCAAAGGGCAAUAUUGUAGAAUUUCAAAACAAUACUUAAUCUAAGAUUAAUCAAUUGCAGUCAUUAACUCAUAUUUAAAUGAUACUGCUUGUAAUUGAUACAUCGUUUAUUAAAUGCAUUGUUUAUACAAGAAAGGGGACUUAGUCAGUCGUACAUGCAGCCAAGGCGGAUGUCACCUCUUUAACCAGAUUUGAUUCUAAAUCAGAUUCUAUUUCAAAAUAAACUACAAUAUGCGACAAUGUUUAUGAUAUCACUUGAAAACAGCCCUAUGCAUUCUUUUCUAGAAAUAUCUAUUUGUCAUUUUUAAAAACAUGAAUGGGUUUAUACUGUGUAGGUAGUUUGAUUGUAUAGUGUGCCAUAGUCAAAAAUGUUUAUAUACAAUAAUGUUUUCUGGUUAAUGUGAUCACAUCCCCUGUGAGACCCAAAUCAGUGGCAGUUAUGCAGACCAGUAAAAUUGCACAGUUAGAUACAAUUUGUGUGUAGAUAUCUGUUGAGCGUGUGCUGAAACAGUAAGACUAUUUUUUUCUUUCUUUCCUCUCAUUCAGGGCUCCCUGUGAUGUGUAGUUGAACGCAUUCUGAGAAGUAGCAACUCUGACACACACAGAAUGCACAGCUGAGAUUUUUAGGAAAACCUUUUCUCAAUCUUCAGCAAGCACCAUCUUUUGCCCAAUAUCACCACCUCCCUCCUUGUUACUUUGAAUAAAUGCAAACCCGACAGCUCCCCUUUUCCUCCCCAGACAUCCAAGAUGAAGCAGUUUUUUUAGGAUUGAGGCAAAGUCUGUCAAAAAAAGGAAGAAACAAACAGCUCUUCGCAAUUGACCCGCACUUUAUGAUUUUUAUUUUUUUUUAUUUUUUACACACACAAAAAGACAGGAAAAUGGAAGGUACGGCUUCUGAGCAAGAAAUUACUGGAUAUACUGAUACUGGUCCUUGCUUAAAGGGUUCUUGAGUUUGGAAUCACCUGAGAUUGAAGUGCCAGUGUUGUUAGGCUUGGCUUUUCCAAUGCUGGCACUAUAAAAAAAAUGAAAGUAAUUUAUUUGGGACAGUUUUUGUACUGCCGUUCAAUUUGACAUGAGUGUGCCUUGAAUACUGAUCUUCCUAUUUAUUGUCUGAGAUCGAAAAAAAAGCUAAUUCUUUGUGAAGCAAGGAAUUGAUAAAACAAAAAUACAAUUUAUCAAAUUAUGUGUAAACUUUGCUCUAAUUUGCAUAAUAAAUUUCCACUGAAUAUCACUUCUAAAAAUAAAAAUAAACUGAAUUUAAGUUAGGAGUACCCAGCACAAUAUUGAUGUGUCUGUGUGUGUGUAUAUAUGUAUGCAUAUGUACAUAUAAAGGCACAAACCUAUAUAUAGAUAUAUAUCAAAUUCUUCACUUCAGGACAAGACUGCGUCCCUCGAUUGAAAAAUCACCGGAGUGGAUUGUUACGCAACACAAUAGUCAAAGAAGAGACUGGACAAAAAUCAGGAACUGCAGAUACUAAAAAAUAAUUUAGUGCACUCUGUCUUAAAAUACGUUUACAGUAUUGAAACAAGUACAAGGGUAAAAUAAUGUUUGUGUGUAUGUGUGUUUUAAACAAACAAGUAUUUUUUUUUUUUCAAGUUUGCUUAUAAAGUUUCUCUGAAUGCCAUAGUGGCGAUGUGUAUAUUGUUUUUUUGGUGACGGGGUUUUAGUAUAUAUAUAAAUAUAUAUGAAUAUAUAUUACAUUUUUCUUGUUUACUGUAAAAGUAUACCAGUAUUUGUAAUAUUGGACAAUGCCUGGGCAUUUUACAAAAAUAGAAAAAAGGUUGUUUUUUAUUUUUAUUUUACAGUCCAAUUUAAAUUGUGGGUCUCUUAAAAUGUUUUUUGUCACUGUAACUGUAAAGUCUUAAGUUUUAGUAACUUUUAUUCUGCCUUGGGUGUAAUAAAAUAAAAAUAAAAAUAAAGGAAUAAAAAAAUUGACCUGUAACAAACUUGGAUGGAGGGAAUGUGACAAGCUGCAUAACGUAAAGGACGUUUCUCAUGUAGAAGCAAUCGAACAUUGUUAUUGCUUUGCAGGAAAAUACUGACAUUCCUGAUCUGUAUCUAUUUUUCUUCUUCUGGAAUGGAUAUUCUUCAUGGCUGGUUUGAAAUACAUGUGUAGGCACUCGCUGUCUUUAUACAGGAGCUUGUAUUUUUUAACUUGUUUGUGCAUCCUUUGUGAAAAGGGUACUUAAAAUACCCAUGCUCUCAUUAUUUUACUUUGGGGCAUCGGAACAUCAUUCCGACUUCAAGAUACAACUCACAGGCUGCCACAAUAUAUUUUUCUUUAAUUUGGCAGAAUAAAAUAUAGUGCAAAUACCUGAUGAAUUUGUAUUGUUAAAAUGAAUUGUACAGAAGGGAUUAAAGGUUGUUUGACAACUUUUUAGUGAGAUGAAACAUACACAAGUAGAUGUUUUGUUUACUGUUCUAUUGGUUGUACAUAGUUUUUUUCUAUGAUUACCCUGACAUUAUCUUCUUUUCGUUUUUGUUAUGUUAUGUUUAUGCUUUAAACUCGCACUGACAGUGAUUGCCCCUCUUUGGGUCUUUUCUUUGACCUUUGACCUUUGGUGACCUCCCAGUCAGUUUUCAGGUACCUGCCUCCCACAACUCCAUUUCUGUGCGUGAGAAAACGAGAGCACAAAUACAAGCCGUCACUGUUCCCCAUUGUCUUAUUCAACUCCAAUCACCAACAGUGUUAAUCGAGUCCUGUUUGAUUAUGGCCCUGAUGAAGAACACCUCACCCCUUUUUGAAAUGUACUGGUUCAAUAACGGAAAUCUAGAAGUAUGACAAUAGGUUGCAUUAACAAUAAAUUGAGUGCAGAAAGAUUGGUGGGGGUGUGUGGGUCUUUAAUGAAGUACAGGAAGAUUAUACAUCUAAAAACCCUGUUUGGAAUUCCACACAAUACGGCUGGCAGAACUAUUUAUGCAGCACAGUGGAGGCAGGAUACGAUCAAAGCAUUCACUCGCCUCAAACCAUAGGCCACAAUUAGAGGCACUUAGUGCUACUGAAACUGACCACAAUCAUAUGGAUGCAUAUCAAUCAAGGCAUUCCCGGGGGAUGUAGUUAAAAACUGCUUUCUUAGAAUCUAUGAAACUGACCUAUUUGCUCAGCAGCACAAACUCCCUUAUCUGUAAUUUCUUCCUAAGUUUUCUCUAAGAAAUUGGUGCUUUGAUAUAUGCUAAGAGCUAUUUCCUGUUGGCUGCAUUGUUUGUCUGCCCCAGGCCACCGUAGCCAUGCCCUGGGCAGAGUUAGGUUAGGCUGACCACGGUGUUCACUUGUGUAUUGCCAUUCUUCAUGGGACAUGCUCUGUCUGGGGGGAACCGUCCUUUUGUUACAAUUUGGUUUUCUGACGUUUUUGUGGCGCAAGCUAAUGUCCCCUCUUACCGGACUUGACUUCAACGCGCAGGUUCAAAAUGGAGAGAAAAAAGUGCUUUGCUGCUGUUCACUCUUAGUUUUUACAUUCCAUAAUGACUAUUUACUUUCUUUUUCAUGUUUGUAUUUAAGAAUAAUACAGGGUUGGGAUGAUAAUGAAAAAUAUGUAAUUUUGAUAAUGUCAUAAUGUUCAAAUCCAGAGGGAUGGGAUGAAGCUGGGGAGGGCUGGGGGCUUUUUGAGUAGGGAUGUUAUGCUGUGUGUGAUGUCACUUUAUUUAAAUACAUGAACUGAUUCUGAUAGGCUGCGGUUUGUGUUGUCUAUGAUGUCACUGAGGUGCGGACAGCGUUCUCAGGCCUGAGUCCAAUGCCAUUGGUUCGUUACAGUAAACAUGACAUUCAGACA